AUGCCCCCAUCAAAUUCUGCAUCGCAGAUCCAACUACCUGAUCGCCGAGACCGAAGACCCGAUUGGGGAGAGUUUUACAAGAAUGGCGCACCAAAGGAAGUCAUCGUGAUUGAUGAUGAAGACGACACACCCCAGAGAGAGCUUGAAGGUCGAGUUCAACGACACAUUUCUCCCAAAUUGAGAGGAUUUGGUGGUGCCCAACCCCAAACGAAGAGGAGGAGAGUGGGUGAAUAUGACGCCGCUCGGGAUGCCGAACAUCAUCGCACCUAUUCUCAUCGUGAAAAUACAUCCAAAACUACCUCAUCCGACCGUACCACCUCUCACCAGACGACAGCACCCACAUCGCUUGGGUCGCAUACAAGUACUGGCAGUGCCGGCGCCUACAUCGUCGAUGAUACGAACGUCGGACAGAAACGAAAACGAGUGACCAGGCAGCAAAUCGCAACUGACAAGAGGAGGCAAGAUGUGAAUGCUGUUGAGACAUAUGUGCCUCCAACAAAGCCUCUAAUAAAGGCCAAGGAAGUACAUGUGCCGUCGCUGAGAGAUAUGCAAGUACUCAUCUUGCACACUCUUGCUCUGCUAAUCAAAGUAGAUCAAAUUACGAAACUACUCGGUCAAGGUACCUUCGGCAAAGUCGUGGAGGCCCUCGACCGCCGCAUAAAUAAAAAGGUUGCGGUCAAAAUCAUAAGAUCUGUUCAAAAGUAUCGAGAUGCAUCUCGUAUUGAGCUUCGGUCUUACAUGAUCUUAACUUGA